AGGAAAUGAAACAGAAAUCAGGAGUUACGAUGAACGAAAUUGAUCUAAAAGGUACCAAAAGAGUUGUUAUCGAUGGAAUGACCACACCCAAACAAUGUAAAUCUCUUAUGGAAAUAGCCAAAUAUUAUGCUGUGAUAGGAGAUGGCUACGACGGUAAAUCCCCGCAUACUAUACUAGAGAAGUUUGAAGGCAUAACAUUCAAUAGAGCAUUGUUUUUAAGUUAUUACAAGAUGCUGAACCUUAAACAUCUACAUACAUUUUUUGAAGUUACCGAAAAAGCAAAGGAGCUGAUAAAAGUUCAUUUCAAACUCAAAGGGGAAUUAUAUUUUUCAUACACUCAGCUUGUUUGCAGAUCAGCACGACCAGAUUCUCCCACAAACAGAACUGAUUUUAGUCAUAAGAUUCAUGCUGACAAUUGCAUCAUAAUGGAAAACAUGACUUGCUUUAGAACAUAUCCAGCAUUUACCUGGAGAGACUACAGUGCAAUUUUAUAUUUAAAUGAUGAAUUUAAGGGAGGAGAAUUUGUUUUCUCAGCUGACGCAGUAGGAAACAAGAUUCAAAGUAAGAUCCGUCCAAAAUGUGGACGAUUGGUGGCCUUUUCUUCAGGUCCAGAGAAUCUACAUGGUGUCAAAGCAGUGAAACGAGGCACACGGUGUGCCAUUGGAAUGUGGUUUACCCUAAAUCCAGAUUAUGUAGAAAAGCAUAGAGACCUAGCCAAAAAUGUUGUAGAUAAUAAUUCUCAAUUUGAGAUGGAUUUGUUAGUCAAUUUAGAUUACCCAAAACCCUAUGUUCCUAAUACUUAGAAGUCUGAUAUUUUAAUGCUUAGUAGGUCUAUAAAAAUUGACUUGGUAAGUCUAGAAAAGUUGAAAAUUACGGAAAAUACAGUGACAGUGAAGACAAGAAUUAUCUUAAACAAAUCACAGCUGCAUAGCUUAUCUUGCGGAGGUAUUACUUCUAUAUUUCAUGCCUUGCUGUAAUUUACAAUGUACCGGGUGGUCCAAUAAGCUGAUCUCUCGGCUAUAUAUGAGAAACUGUCACUGUAUCUUUUCUACAAUAUAUUUGGUAUUGUGGCGGAGUUAGAAGCUUUAAUUAGUUAUACAAAAUGCCUGGACUAAAUGUUUUAUUGCAAUUCCACACAAACUUUCUUUGGAAUACAACAGAAAUUGUUUUAAAAUAAUUUGUUCUGGCAUUUCUGUAUAAUCUAUUAUAUUUAAUGGAAAUAAACUACAAG